CAUCAAACAUCAUUCACUUUAAGUGCUAUUAAGUGACAACAUUAAAAAAAAAACAAACCAAACAACCAAAAAUGUUCAGAUUUGUAUCCUUGUUUGCUUUGUUGGCCGUUACUGCCGCUGCUCCCGGUUUUGUGGCUGAGACCCAUGUUGUCCAACCUGUGAUCACCAAGGUGGCCCAUGCCGUACCCUCUGCAGUAUCCCAUCAAAGCUUCACCCAAGUCCACAACAAAGCUCACCUCAUUACCCCUGUGGUAAAGACUGUUGCCGCCCCUGUUGUACACACCACCUAUGCUGCCGCCCCUGUCGUUAAAACUGUUGCCACCCCUGUUGUGCACACCUAUUCUGCCCCCGUUGUUAAGACCGUAGCUGCUGCUCCCGUGGUCCACACCUACUCUGCCCCUGUGGUCAAGACCGUAGCCACCCCUGUUGUCCACGCCUACUCUGCCCCAGUUGUGAAGCAUGUUGCUGCCCCUGUUGUCCACACCUAUGCUGCUCCCGUAGUCAAGACCGUUGCCACCCCUGUUGUUCACACCUAUGCUGCUCCCGUUGUCAAGCAUGUAGCCGCCCCUGUUGUGCACACCGCUUAUGCUGCUCCUGUUGUCAAGACCGUUGCCACACCCCUUGUCAGCCAUGCCGUUACCCACCACUCCAAUAGCCAAGUUCAUCACAAAACUGUUGUAGCUUCCCCAGUUGCAGUUCAUGCUGCUCCCGUUUUCAAAUCUGUCUAUGUCCACUAAAAAGCGCUUAAAGUCGAAUGAUCGAUUAUUGUUGAAAAAUAUGUUUUUG